CCCUUUGUUGCCAGGUGAAGGGGAGGGGGCUGGCUGGGCACGGAUGAAUGAGCUGCCAUGGAUAACAAAGACUCGGAAGCCGAGAUCCACCCUCUGAAGACCGAGGAUGCGAAAGCUCAGGAGAACCACGAGAACUCUGUGGAGAGAAGAAUUAUCAUCAAGCAGUCCCCACGGCUGUCACGGCUCUCCCGCUGGCGCACUGCUGCCUUCUUCAUCUCCCUCUUCCUGUGUCUGAUCAUCGUCUUUGCCUUCUCCUUCAUCAUUCCUUGCCCGGAGCGGCCUGUUUCAGAAAGAACCUGGUUCCGAAACUACGACAGUGCAGGGGCCUACCAGUUUCUUGCUGUAGAAGAUGUGAAUGAAGACAAAGUGCAAGAUGUGAUCUUCGCUUUCAAAGCUGGCAACGGCAGUGGCAGCUUUAACAGAUCCUGUCUGGAUGAAGGUCUGCCUUCUCCGUGUGCCUUCCUGGCUGCUGUGUCUGGCACGAAUGGCAGAGUGCUGUGGGAGAGGCCUGCUGCUGAGGACGUGGAGUGGCUGCAGUGUGGCAUCCAGCAGCUCGGCGGAGCCGGGCCCCAGGCUUGCCUGGUGGUGGGGAAGCGAACAUCCCUCAUGGCAGUCAGUCUGCACACAGGGGAAGUUCAGUGGAGACAGUCCAGUGACUUUGGAGCUAAUUACACUGUGCUGGCUCCUGUGUCAGUGAUUCCAGAUGUGGAUAGUGAUGGAGUUCAGGACCUGAUCAUCUUUAUUGCUACAGGAGCUAAGAUUAAGACCUUCAUCCAUUCAGGAAAAACAGGCAAACAAAUUGGCUCCCCUGGCAGCCUGGAUGUGGAUGGCCAAGCUCGCUAUGUGAGGCUGGACCUGGCCUCCUCCUCCUCCUCAUACUUCCUUUUCUAUACAGAAAACUCUCUCUAUGCAUAUUCCCUGAAAGAUCUCUACAGUGCAGCAACUGGGAUGGAAAUGAAGCUUCCUGGCCUUGAGCAAGAUCCUCAGUGGGAGAAGAACAUUGACGGUGCCACACACCGCUUCUCCCUUCUCAGCUCUGCAGACAUUCGUUACCUGACGAAGAUCCCUGGGCCGUCACAGGAGAACCUCCUGGUCGUGAGCUCGGAGAUGGCCACGCUGCUCAGCACACGCAGCCUCCAGAGCGUGUGGAGCCUCAACGUGUCCCAUGUUGUCAGGGAGCCGCUGUUUGGUUACUUCAAACCUGAUGUUCUUGGUAUUGUCCUUGAGAGUGAAAUCAGCCCCAACAGGAAGAAGGUUAUGAUCGUUGAGAGUGGAUCUGGUGCAGUCCAGUGGGACCUGAAGCUGAACUGGAGAGCAGAGAGCCCUGGGCCAGCCACACUUUCUACUGCUGAUCAUCGGUCUGCCUUCCUCAUCUGGGGUGAAUACCAGGCACCAGGGAAUGAAACGAGAUCCAGAGCUCCUCUCCAGAAGCUGUAUCUGUUCCAUCCUUCCUACACGAAUGUCCUGUUGGAGCUCCGCAAUAGCACAGAGCAAGUGAUUGCCUUUGAUGCUGCACUCUUUGAGCGGAGCCGCCACGCCUGCUACGUGCUGCUGAGGGGCCCUCGGGCCGGCGAGGAGCCGGGGCUGGUGUCUCUGAUGAAGAGGAAGCUGAAGGAGGAUGUCUCUGAGAGCAGGGUGAUCUGGCUGAACCAGGUGGCUGUGGACAGCGAGCAGUACGUCCGGGACCGCCUCUACAGGAUGCGAUUCCAGAGCCGAGCCUGAGCCUGCCAAGGGAUGGGGAGAGGCCACCCUGGGCCGGGCAUCUCCAGGCUGCCUCUCCCCUGCCAGCCCAGCUCACAGAGUCAAGUGAGAAGCUGCCUUUCUCCAUCCAUGAACCAAAGCAUGGCUGGCAAGGAAACACCUCCAGUGUCUGGGGAUGCCCAGGCUGUGAGGCAGCUGCCAGCACACCCAUCCUCAGAUCUGAUGGGACUUCAGUGCUUGGCCACCACUGAAGUGUCGUCAGCUCGGGGAGGAGGGCUUCCCCCUCCGUCCUUCUGUGCCCACAGGCUGUGCUGGCUCAGCUGGUGCUGCAGCAGAGCACUUGCUCGCUGGGGAUGCCGGAGAUGGUGAUUUCUUGUGGAGCUUGGUGUGUGAUGUUAGGUUUCCUUCCUGAGUCAGCUCUCCUGGCUGUGGCAGAGGCACUUGCCUGUGGGUGGAUCUGCAGUUGCUCUCCUCCUGGGUUUGGGCCCCUGCUUUGGCAGUCAUGGAGGGAGGUGUAGCGGUGGACCCCAGCCAUGGUGGAGACGAUGCGGCUGAGGGUCACCUGGGCCAGCAGAGUGCAGGGUAAAGUGAUAUUAUACUUAAAAAA